CUCUCCCCCUCUCCAAGCGAGGAGGAGGAGGAAGAGAAGCAGCAGUAGAGAUGAGCCAGCGUGUGCCGAGCUGGGACGUUGAUGAUCCGCCUUUCAACCCUUCCUCAUCCAACCUUCCCCUUCAUCGUUACCACCCUUCUGGCGCUCCUCUCGGCCGUUUGAUGGGCUACGAGGUGGCGGAGCUGGCGUGGGAGAACGGGCAGCUCGCGCUGCACGGCCUCGUCCCGUCUCGAACCGGCGCCAAGCCCGGCGCCGACGCGGCCUGUAGCAAGCACCACCUCCACCACCACCCCAGCGGCACCCUGGAGUCGGUGGUGAACCAGGCCACCGGCGCCGCGGCGAGAAGCCCUGUUCUCGAGGGCUGGCUUCGUCGCUCGACUUCCGUGGCGGUCGACGCGCUCGUCCCGUGCCAGGACGACGUCGCCAGCAACCGGAUCGCCGACCCGGACGCGCCGCCCUGCUGUAAGCGCGCGCGGAUGGUGGGGGUGUGCUCAAGCCAGGGUAGCGCGGCGGGAUCCGUGCCCGGCCGCGUCGACAGUACCACCUUCGUCACGCUAGACACGUGGAGGGAGGACGACGUCGGCCUGACCGCCACUGCCACCACUGCCACGGCCACCGACACCUCCGCCUGGCCGGAGACGGAGAACACGAGUCUGGGGAAGAGGAAGGUGCGGGCCCUGUACGACCACGUAUCCAUCAGCCACACGAGCUCCCAAACGAAGCCUGAUAGUUUGUACGAUGAAGAGGAGAAGGACACCAAAGGGGAGGUGGGGAAGCCUUCCGGCGCCACCAAAAAGAGCAGAGCCGCCGCCAUCCACAACCAGUCCGAACGUAAAAGGAGGGACAGGAUCAACCAGCGGAUGAAGACUCUACAGAAGCUGGUGCCCAACUCCAGCAAGACCGACAAGGCGUCGAUGCUGGACGAGGUGAUCGAGUACCUGAAGCAGCUGCAGGCGCAGGUGCAGAUGAUGAGCAGGAUGAGUAGCAUGAUGGUGGCUGCCAUGCAGCAGCUGCAGAUGCCAAUGGUGGCGCAGCUGCUACCCCACAUGGCCCAGUUCCCGCAGCUGCCACAUAUGGGACUGAUGGACUUUGCCUCGAUAGGUCGCUCCGUCCCUCCGGUCUUGCCCCUCCUCCACCCAUCGGCGUUCCUUCAUCUCGCCGCCACCGGGGGCUGGGACGGAAUCGGCGACCGGCGGCCCGUCGGUUCCGUCCUCCCCGACCCCUUCUCGGCUCUCCUCGCUUGUCAGAUGGCACAGCAACCAAUGAGCUUAGACGAGUACAGUAGAAUGGUCACGCUGCUUCAACACUUGUCUCAGAAUCAGUCACCGGCUAAUCUCAAGUCGUCGUAGGAAGUCUUAGAAUUCACUGCUGGAGGUGUGAACGUUUGACCGCGUCGUGUUUGCUCUGCUCAAAGCAUGAAAUGAAAUGAUGCACGUCUUUGGAGGUCAGUGGAGUGGGUAGCAGUGAUGAUAGACUACCAAGAUAAGACAUCCUUUUCCAUGGAUCACAGCUCUCUACGACCACAUCUCUAUAUGUUAAUGACAUCGCCCACGUCUAUACUUGCUUUUCCACACUUUUUAGAGCUCCACUUGUGGACAACAGCACGAUGAACUCGACUGUUGAUGGAAGCAGGGAACAAUACGAGAGAGACAACUCGUUCGUUCUAUGGUCCUCAGAGCCGCAUCAACUCAAUAAUGGAUCUGAAUUGUGUGAUGUGGUGGUGACCAAUGGAUGUUUUUGCUCAGAUUAAUAGAUGAGAUUACUUCUCCCAGACGAAUCAAUUGUGUUCGUGGGAUCAGCACCUGUGAGCUCGAAAAUGAGACUGAUGGCACGGUGCAAUCUCCAUUCUCCAAUCACUCCAAGGGAAGAAGAUGUACGAGUGGUCUUGUCGCCGAAGGAGACCGAUGAUAUAAGAACAAAAGCAUUCUUGGAUCAUAUGGUGGGGAUGGAGGUUUCUCGUCGGUACUGAGGAAUGAUGAAGUCUUGGCACAGCUUGAUGAGGCUGAGGGUGCACUAAAUGCAAUGAUUUACUCAUCGUUUUCCUUGUACUAAUCAUGUAUUCAAUGACUACUUUCAAAUUCGCAUGUUUAUCUUAUCAUUUUUAUUCAUAAAAAAAUUAUCUUUUUUUCCCUCA